GUUUUGACAUUUGUCUGAUGGAGAUUUUACAAAAUUAUAAGUUACGAUGUUAAAAUUUAAAUAUUAAAGAUGUUUAUCAAACAAGAAGUAGCGAAUACGCGAUGAACAACAUUCCGGUACAAUUAUGGAGAAUGCAGUUGCUACCUUCCAACGAUAAGAAAGAGAAUUGUGAGUAUAAACGACGAAAAUGCAAGAAGGUAAAGAGCGCCAAAUUUUCGAGCGUCUGUAAAGCCGCGCCAAACCAUCUGUCAGAAUUUGCUGGCGCGUUAAUGGAUUAUUUCUGUGAAGUUGGCAAAUUAAUUUCCUGCGAACCGGAUACACAAGUGUGUAAUACAUUAGUGGAACUUCUACGUAUAGUCACAAUUUUAGGCAAUGACAUUUUUAUCGUUUUAAAAUGUUUUUGUCGCUGCUGUCGUCGGCUGAUGAACAAACGAAAGGAUCUACGAAAGUGUAUAAAAAAUUUAACAGCUUACAAUUCUUAUGAAAAACAAGAAAUCUGUUCUAUUGUGUCAAGUGAAGAUUUAUCGUAAUUUAU